GCGUAAGCGACUGGAAGAAAAGCGAGAGAAGGAAGAACAUCGCUAUCAACAGGCUAUGGCUGCCGAUGCAAAACAGGCAGAAGCGUUGCGAAUCGCAGAGGAGCAAAGAUUGGCAGCAGCAGAACGUGAACAGCUGGAUGGGAUGAUUGCGACGAGAUUGUCGCGUGACAGCGGUCGAGCGAUGAUCGACACGCCUACGACAAGCAUGUCAACGAGCUCAUCGACAGAUUCGUCGAAGCCAAAAGGGAAACACGAUUUGUCUGCAUGGCGUUAUGCUGAACUCAGAGAUGCUAUCAACACCAGCACAGAUAUGGAUCUGUUGCUGGCGUGUAAGGAGGAGUUCCAUCGUCGUCUUCGUAUCUACAACGCUUGGAAGUCACGGAAUCAAAGUGAAUGCAACUCAGCUGCUGCACCAAGAGCACCGAACGCUGUCUAUGCAAACGCACAAAAACGUUCAAUUAUUGCACCGCAGGUGAAUCCAGCUCUGACAAUGCAAAGAUAUUUCAAGGUCCCAUUUACGCGCCCAGCUGAUAUUUACAAGAAUAAUAAUAAUAACGGACUAAUCACAGAUUCUCGUUCCGUGCAGAAUGGAUUGUGGUAUGCGCAUUUCAACGGUCAAUGGAUUCAACGACAAAUCGAAAUGCAUCCCAACAAGACACCUGUGCUGCUUUGUGUUGUAUUGUUAUGGCUGUUCGUUGUUUCAGGUCGAGAUGACCUUCGAAUGUGCGAAAUUCCGCUCGAUCAGACUGGCUUGACACGAAAGAAAGGCGCCGAAAUCCUAGAAUCUGAGUUCGAAACCGUAUGGUUGCAUUUGGGCGGUGCUCCGACUCAAAAAUGGCGACCGUAG